AUGAUGCUGCAAAUAUCAUUAGCACGCUAUAAUGUUAGACGUUUGUGGGAGCGAUCGCUGAGACGAUUAAAUAAAAGGGCUAAAUGGGCUCUGUGGAAGUGGAUGGUCAAAGGCAAUUACAAGAAUCUUAAAUUUAGUGAACAUGAGAGGAUUGAUCUUAUCAAGCGGCAAUUUGACCCUAAACCCAUGCAAACUAUCGGACCCAAGUACUGUGAUAUGCAAGCUUUACACGAACAGGAUCUAAUGGCACGGUCACAAAUCUCAAAAUAUUGA